AUGGGUGGUGGUGUUGGUGAUGGGGGGCUUUUCUCUGGAGGUGAAAAGCAAACCAUGCAGAAUCUCAAUGACCACCUGGCCAAUUACCUAGACAAAGUUAGAGCCCUGGAGGAAGUCAACACUGAUCUGGAGAACAAAAUCAAGGAGUGGUAUGACAAAUUUGGGCCUGGGUCUGGAGAUGGUGGAUCUGGAAGGGAUUACAACAAAUACUAUUCAGUAAUUGAAGAUCUGAGGAAUCAGAUCGUAACAGCCACUGUUGAUAAUGCCAGCAUGACUUUUCCAAUUAACAAUGCUAGACCUGGAGCUGAGGACUUCAAAAUGAAGUGA